CGUUUUGUGCUCAAUGCUCAUUCUGUCUAAUGUUCGUGCGUGCUAUUUUAUUUCGUGUGGUGCACAUGUGAUACAUGUUACAAUUUUGAUAAGACGAAAUGAGCUAAUUCUUUAUGUAUAUUUAAAAUUUAACAAAUAUUGGUCCCUACAUAACAAACACUUGUCCACUUGUGGCAAUGCUUGUUUCAUCGUUAUUACUAAAAGAAUAUGAAGUGUUAAACAAUAUGUGUUUUUGAAAUAUUAUUUUUUAUAUUUAUUCAUAUUUAUGCAGUCCUGAUAAGAAUCGACUUUAUUAGCAAACAUUUAGAUUAGUUAUUUAGGAUGGUAUGAAAAGGAGUUAAAUUAAUGCAGAAUACCAACAACAGUAAGCAACCAUGGAUUCAAAGUAUGCAUCCGUAGGUAUAGAGAACAACCUAAAAGCAGGUGGCCUGAAAAGAAAACAUGCAAUAGAAAACAUAAAGGCAAAAAAGAUAAAGUUAUCAAAUGAAGCUGCUGGAGUUAGUGUAACAAACAACAAUAAAGUUGUGACUAACGGACAUAAUAAUGUUUCUGAAACCAAAAUUGUACAGGAAUCUGUACAGGAUUUGCAAGUAGCAAGGAGACGGUUGCCAGUAUUUAUGGUUAAAAACAGACUCAUUGAUGAAAUAAAAAAAAAUGAUACUAUGAUAUUGAUCGGUGAGACUGGCAGUGGCAAAACAACACAAAUACCACAGUUGAUACAUGAACAGCGUCUUGAGGGUGCUGGAGCCAUUGCUGUGACUCAGCCGCGCAGGGUUGCCGCUAUUACUAUAGCUCUGAGGGUAGCCGCUGAAAUGAAUACAGAAAUCGGAUCUAUUGUUGGGUAUUCUGUAAGAUUUGAAGAUGUGACAAGCCCAAGAACUAAAGUUAAAUAUUUAACUGAUGGAAUGUUACUACGAGAAGCUAUUGUCGAUCCUUUGCUCAAGAAGUACUCAAUAAUAGUAUUGGAUGAAGCUCAUGAAAGGACAAUUAGUACAGAUGUUCUCUUUGGAAUUGUCAAAUUAGCUCAGAAAGAAAGGAAUGACAAGAAACAAAAUCCUCUUAAGGUAAUUAUAAUGUCUGCAACUAUGGAUGUGGAUUCAUUCAGGAAAUAUUUUCACAAUUGUCCAGUAAUUUAUCUGGAGGGCAGAACUUUCCCAGUCACUAUCUAUCACACAAAAACGAAACAAGACGACUAUCAGUAUGCUGCCGUUUGUACAGUAUUUCAACUGCAUGCAACUACUCCUGCAAACCAUGAUUUCCUAGUCUUUCUGACUGGACAAGAAGAAAUAGAAACAGUCAUGUACAAUAUCAAGCAAAUUGCUAAAGAAGCGACUGGUCCGCCGAUAAGGGUGUGUCCGCUGUACGCGGGACUCCCGCCGGCGAAACAGCUUCAGGUGUGGCGGGAGGCGCCUCCGGGCACGAGAAAGGUCAUACUGUCUACCAACAUAGCUGAGGCAUCUGUCACCAUACCUAAUAUCAAGUGUGUUAUCGAUACUGGUGUUGUAAAAGAAAGGACGUGGUCUGGCAGUUCAGGCGCGGAGCGGCUGUGGGUGCGCGCGUGCUCGCAGGCGGCGGGCUGGCAGCGCGCGGGCCGCGCGGGCCGCACCGCGCCCGGCGCCGCCUAUCGCCUGUUCCCCGCCAAGGACUUCGCCGCCCGCCCGCAACACCACACGCCAGAGAUCGUUAGAUGUCCGCUAGCGUCCAGUUUGUUACUGUUGUUAGCUGCGGGUACGGAUCCCAGCACUUUCCCUUUAAUCGAUCCUCCGCCGCUCGAUUCUGUUAAAGCGUCCUUACAACUGCUCAAAGAAUUUGGGGCUAUUGAUAGUGAAACAAACCCUAAACUAACUGCACUUGGAAAGAAAAUGUCAAUGUUUCCAAUAGAUCCGAAAUAUUCUAAAGUUCUAUUGAGUGCUCCGGAGUAUAACUGUUUGGAGGAGGCAUUAAGUUUAGUAGCAGUGUUGUCAAGUGAAAACGUGUUUCACACCCCGAUACAUAAAAGAGAAGAGGCAUUUAAAGUGAAACAGAAGUUCUUGUCGCCUCUCGGUGACCACAUAACUCUGCUCAAUGUGUUCAAAGCUUUUUGUAAAGCUCCACUGAAAAAGCAAUGGUGCAAAGAAAACUUUUUAAAUCACAAAAACCUGACUUACGCGUGCGAUGUUCGUCACCAACUGUUAACAAUUUGCGAGAAGCUAAAUAUGACUGUUUCUAGCUGUGGGCAAGCAUAUGAUCAGCUACUAAAGUGCCUGGUGUGCGGCUUGUUCAUGAACUGCGCGUGGCUGGUGGGCGGCGGCGGCGGCGGUGGGGGCGCGCGGCGCUACGUGACGGUCGCGGGCGUGGCGGCGGCGCUGCACCCCGCCAGCGCGCUGCAGGCGCUGGGCGGGCCGCGCGCGCCGCCCGCGCUGCUGUACUCCGAGCUGCUGCACACGGGCCGCGCCUACAUGCUCACGGCCUCCGCCGUGCAGCCGCACUGGCUCACACAGCAGGCGCCCGCGCAGGCGCGCCGCGCCCGCAACAACAGGUGACCGCGCCGGACCCCGCGCCGCCGCAAAGCUGCCCGGACUACUCACUGAACGAUACCCCGUGCACGUACUACAUAAUUUACAAUAUUGUGUUUUUUUUUUAAUUUUGGUCUUUUUGCAUUUAUUUAUUUUAAAAUGCUUGCACAAAAACCGUAGGCGGCUUUGUAUUAUAUCAUACGCAAACACGAUUUAAAAAGUCCGUUUUGGAAUAAUAUUAGAAUACCUGAAAUAAGGCAUAAUUAAAAAUUAUUGCUUGCCGACAAACCCACCUCUUAUUACAAUAUAAUAUUGAUUUGCACUGCUGCCAGUAAAGUGGAAUUUGUUUUUCAUUGUUACAUUUGUAAGUUGUAACUAGCAUUUCGAUUUGGCACAAUGAACAAUGUGUUUCGAUGCUGUUAAAUAUACUGUGCCACCGUAAAAUAAGUGAUAAGAAUUGUUGUAAUAUUAAGUUUAAGCUCGUUCUUUGUUUGUUAAUAUAAAACUCUAAGAUAUACCAGUGUUUCCGCCGUGUCAUGUAUGAAAACUAGUGUAAGUACAGAUAGUUUAAGUCAUCUGUGCGUGCAAAGUUGAGUUGAAUUCAUAACGUAAUUUUUGUUCAGAAACAUUGUCUGGAAUGGAAAUAGUACAAUCAAACCAGGACUGUCUACGUUAGCAUGCACAUCUUUGUUAAUUUCUAUAUUUUUAGAUUACGACCUGGUGCUAUGUUAAUAUAGGAGGAAUCAAAUGAUAACUGUAUGAAUGUUGUAAAUAUAUGUAACAUAAUAAAUAUAGUUUUUACCAAAA